GAACGUUUCGACAAAAAUGAGAAGAAAACAGCAGUAACGACCAGAACGACGUCGGCGAGCAAGUAAGCAGACUCCGUCUCCGUCUCCGUCUCCGCGCGCGUCGCCGGGAAAAUGUCGCUGCUGUCGCGUUACGGCCGCAGUGCGUACUCGCGCAAGCUGCGCGGCCCGAGCGCGCUCCUCCGGCUCGCCUUCCUCUCCACCGCAUCCCCGGCCUCGCCCGGCGCUCCCAGCCCGGCCCGACCCGGCGGGCCGCCUCCGAUUCGGGUCGCGCUCACGGAGUCGGCCGGCCGGGGCGUCUUCGCGAGUCGGAGGAUCGGGUCCGGCGAGCUCAUCCACACGGCCGAACCGGUCGUGUCCCACCCUUCGCUUCACUCCCUCCACGCCGUCUGCUACUUCUGCCUCAGGAAGCUAGACGGCGCGGGCUCUCCGGCUCGUGCGGCGUCGUUCUGUAGCGAUGGCUGCAGAGCACGCUCCAAGGCAUUUUAUGAAGUCGAGACAAGGGUCGACUGGUCGAUCCAUGAUGACUAUUGUCGCGCCCGAGGUUUGAAAUAUCCCUUCCUGGUAAAACGGCUAGCUUGUAUGGUUAUAUCAGGCGCAACAUCCAGCGACUGUCUUGACAUACUUCAACCUGCUUAUUUGUCUCCUGAGAUGAUAUCUGAGAUGGAGGAAGGGUUCGGAUUGCUGAAGUGUGCCUUCACAAAUGCUCAUUUGAAGGAUGAGCAGAUAGCAUUUCUGACUAAGCAAUGGUACACUACGCUGCUUGCACGGAUUCAUAUCAAUGCAUUCCGUGUAGAGGUGGUUGGAGGAUCAUUUGAGGAUUUGCUUUCAAUGGCUGUGGCAUCUGUAGAAGCUGAAGCUGCUGUUGGAAAUGCGGUUUACAUGCUUCCUUCAUUCUAUAAUCAUGACUGUGAUCCUAAUACGCAUAUUAUAUGGUUAGAAGAUGCAGUUGCAAAAUUGAAGGCUCUUCGAGAUAUUGAGCCAGGCGAAGAACUUAGGAUUUGCUACAUUGAUGCAAGUCUUGAUUGGGAUGCACGGCAAAGUCUUCUGUCCCAAGGGUUUGGCUUCAGGUGUGAUUGCCCUCGGUGUUUAUCUGGAGACUAGAAGGAUUUCUGCGAUGAAGUUUUGGCAAAGCAGGAGAUGAGAUUUUUCCUAUUCCCUCGCAUGCAUUAGCAAUAGAUUCUGCUGCUAUUCUUUUAUUUUUCAGUUUGCGUGAAAGUCUAGGCAUUGCGUACAACUUCAGUAAAACUAAAAGCCUUCGAGGCUACUUAAAUUUAGUGAAGUCCCCCAUGUGCAGUUCUGUUUCUGCUGUUCUUUUGAUGUCAUUGUGCUUAUUGCAAAGAACAGGAGAUCAUCAGACAUGACUAUGGGUAUAGGUUUGAUA